UGUGCAGCCGAAUCACUCUUGAUGCGUAUGGACCGAUCGGACUGAUUGCGUUCUUGGAAUCCACGAGGAGCAAGAGAGAGCGUUUUGAAGGAGUUGAAGAGGAAAGUGCGACUGGGAGGAAGGGGUGAUGAGGACUUUGAAGUGCACCACUACUCUGAGUCAUAAAAGGAUCGCAUCUCUCGGAAUGUUCGCCUCUCUUGAACUACGUGAGACUUUAUACGGACUUGAUGCACGUACACUCUGGCUCUUCUACCCUCGCCCUGCAUGAAACCAGUUGUACUCGUCUCAAGUUUCAAGAAUGGUCGUAAAAAAACAUCCAAGAAGGAAAUCCACGCUUUCGGCUUCAACACCCUCCCACAAUCCCAUUCAAGGAAGGAAUGUCUCAAGGUCUCUCUUCCUCCCUGUUUUCGAGACUUGGACCAUCAAAAUAACGCAUACGCAUUGUAUAACCAUUGUUAAGUAUGUAUUGUAACGUCAAAGAAGGUUAAGGGAUAAUUGUGUGGAUGUACAUGUGACGUAUUUUAGCGUCAUAUACAUAUUUUGAUAAACUACACCCGAUGAGUAUGCUCACAAAUUCAAACUUGUUCUUAAAGUGUCCUGCAACGAGUAAGCAGUAAUUACGAAUAGGAAACCCUAUUUCAUAUUACAGAUAUUAUUAGCUUCGUCCCAUAUCUUUAGGCUUCGAGCUUGUCCCCUUUUUCAUAGCAUCCGGUAGCCCCGUACUAAAUAACGUUAUGAAUUAUGAUGAUGUAAAAAGUAAACGGAAGACAACAUGACUUUGUUCAUGUGCGCUGAUUCCAUGCAGAGAGACCGAGUCUAAAAAUAAGCAGACUAUUUUCUCAACUGACAUUUUUAACAUUUAGUUGAGCAUUGUGUGAAAGUUGGUGUAGUUUCCGAGCACGAGAAGUUCGAGCAGUUGGUGGCAGUUUCGUUUACACAAAUUUUCAAACGCAAACAUAUCUGACCUGAUUUCCUUUUUAAAAAUGAGCAUGGCUGAUUUACUGCUGGACACAAUUUGGAGUGGAGGUACAAGUACGCAACCACUAAAUCUGCUGGGCGACACUGAAGGCGACCCGUUACACUUUCAUAACUUGUUGAAAUUGUUCCGGGAUAAGCUGAACAUUAAGUCGACUGGAGAAAUAAUUUAUAAAGCACAAAUUGAAGCUUGUACUAAUGAGCAUGAACUCAUUUCUUUACUUCGCCCAAAUUUCAAGUGGACCCCCGUUCCUCAGUCCGAUAUCGACAAGUUCAAGAAGUCUGCAUCAGUGUCCACCAAACUGAGAGAAAAAGCAAACGCUGCUUACAAAUGUGGCGACUUGCGUGGGGCUAUGCGGGGAUACAAUUUGGCUUUGGCGUUUGCUCCAGUGGGAAGCACAGAAAUUGGACUGACCUUUGCAAAUAGAUCCGCACUCUUGGUGCAGCUCAACAAAUUCAGCGCUGCAUUGAGCGACAUUCAACACGCAGUGAACAAUAAUUUCCCAGCCAAUCUCAGGGAUAAAUUGGAACAAAGACGACUCAAGUGCCAAACCAAAAUUGACACAACCUGCUCAACAACAGCGGUUGAAGAUGGUUUGAGGGCGAAGCAAUACUUUAAUGAAACUUUUUUCAAACUAAAGAGUCCAAAUCCUAGGAUUCCAAAUGCUGAAAAAUGGGUGGAAAUUGAUUAUAAGGAGAAUCGAGGCAGACGCUUAGUCGCAACGGAGACCGUCCCCGCAGGAACUCUGAUUUUGAUUGAUAAGCCGUUCGUCUCUGUCAUCAAUAAUUUGCUCACAUGGGAUCACGAGCAUUGCCACUGGUGUUCCAAACCUCUCCUCGCUGGCAUACCUUGCGAACUUUGCACAUUUACAAUUUACUGCGAUGAGAACUGCAAGCGAAAUUCUUGUGAAGGGAGCCACAAAUAUGAGCACAACUACUUGUCUUACUUGCAAACAUUAGCCAACGCUGUACCUCCAGCAAUUUAUGGUCACAGGGAACUACAAGCUCUCAGACUCUUGGGAGUCGUGGGGCCAAACGGGAUAAGAGAAUUGUUUGCCGAAUACCAAAAAACUGGCAAAGUUUUUGCACAUGGGCCAACUGAAAUUGCUGGAUUUGAUUCUGAAGGGAGUGACAACAUUCAUAGUAUUUAUAACUGUUCUUCAUACCGUCCAAUGUACCACUUGAUAUCGCACGGGAUGCAAACCGCUCUCAAGGAAAAAGUCGACGAAGUCUUUAAAGCCAUGUUUCUUACUCGACUGCUGAAAGAAACGUCCAACUUUUUUGUCGAUCAAGGCGAUCAAAACAUGACGGGUGAGGAAUUUGAGAAUUUUACAUCGUCUCUGUUACUCCGACACUUGUGGAAUAUCAGGUACAACGCGAUCUCCAUAAGUAAACUGGACAAGGAAGGGGAAAGGUCGGUUGCUUUCGCCACUGCGGUGAACCCAUUAAUUUCUCUCUGCAACCACUCCUGUCAUCCGAAUGCGGCUCCGAUUAAAAAGUUUCACAUGCUGGAAACUGCCCUCGUCACACUCAAGACUUUGGAGCCUUGGGACGAAAUCUGCAUCACGUACAAACCACUUUUUGCCCACAUGAAGACGACGGAGCGGAGGAAUUUGCUUCGAGAAAAUUACAACUUUCUUUGCAACUGCAUCGCAUGUACGAACAACUGGUCACCCAAGAGUUUCAAAUCACCGGAUGAGCUAGAAUCAGCAGUCGAGUUGAAAUCUCACUGCUCCGAAUGUCGGGGCUCAGGAGUAGAUGUGGACAACGUUACUAAUUGGCGUGGUCAGGAUGGCAGUGGUGGUCGUCGUAAGGAGAUGAAACUUCCUUGCGAGACCUGUGUGAGGCAUCAUUUGGAACAAGUAUCAAAAAUUGACGACUACGAGCGGAGACUAUACGAAGGGGACGAACAGCUCAAAAAGCAAGACUUUGUGACUGCAAUUGAAAUUUUGAGACCUUGCCUGACCUACUUUAGCAGUAACUUUUCGCCCUGUUACGCCCUCGCUCAAGUGGCACUCGACCUGUUCAAAAGGGCUUUGGUGCGACUAGCAAAUCAGGCUGAACAUUUCCAACCAGAAAAAGUAUUUUAAACGGAUGUCUUGUAUUUGUGUUAUUUAUGCGAAUUAUGUCUCAGUUUUGAUUUAUUCAGAAUAUUAAAAACGUACUUCUACGAUUGUGAUGACGA